ACAUACACGCACACACAAAUCCCCCUCUCCACCGAGCGGAGCUGUAGCUGCCCUGGGACCCUUUCUCCGGGGGACGCCGCGAGUCUAUCCUCUCCGGAAAGCCUCGGGGUGGGAAGAGGGGAUGAAGCUGGUCUUCUCUCUGGCUCUUGCACUCCAGAGUUCAUCCAGACACUCGGGAGGACGAUUUAAUGACCCGCUCCGCCCCUGCUUCCCCCCGCCCAGGCAGCUCCGGGAGGCUCUCGGUCACACGAGUGGGGAGUGGGGGGGAAUGAGCCGCGGCGGCGGCAGAAGGAGGAGGAGGGCAGGAGGGAGGGCAGGAGGGAGGGCACGAAGGAGGGAGAAAGGAAACCGGGCAGGUGACACCGCGCUGGGUUGCUCCGGCUCGGCGGGCGCGGAGCGGGCGGCAGCAGCGCGGCCAUGCACGUCAAUGGGAAGGUGGCUCUGGUCACCGGCGGGGCGCAGGGCAUCGGCCGGGCUUUCGUCCAGGCGCUGCUGGGCAAGGGCGCCAAAGUAGCCCUGCUGGACCGCAACUCCGAGGCCGGAGAGGAGAGCAAGGCGGCCCUGGACGAGCAGUUCGAAGCGCAGAGGACGCUGUUCAUCCAGUGCGACGUGACGGAUCAGGAGCAGCUGAAAGGUGCUUUUAAAAAAGUAAUUGAACAUUUUGGAAGGCUUGAUAUUGUGGUUAAUAAUGCUGGAGUGAACAAUGAGAAGGACUGGGAAAGCACUAUACAAAUUAACUUGACAUCUGUGAUCAGAGGAACCUACCUUGGCCUGGAAUACAUGAGAAAAGGAAAUGGAGGUGAUGGAGGAGUAAUCAUUAAUAUCUCAUCCUUGGCAGGACUCAUGCCUGCUGCAUUCCAGCCUGUGUACUGUGCUACAAAGCACGGUGUCAUUGGAUUCACACGGUCCAUAGCAUUAGCUGCUAACAUGGACAACUACGGUGUGAGACUGAACACAAUUUGUCCAGGAUUUGUCAACACACCAAUUCUUCAGUCAAUAGAUAAAGAAGAGAAUAUGGGACAAUACUAUUCAUACAAGGAUGAAAUAAAAAAUAUGAUGCAGUUCUAUGGCGUGAUGGACCCAUCAAUAAUAGCUGAGGGAUUGAUAACAAUAAUUGAAGAUGAUACUCUAAAUGGAGAAGUUAUGAAGAUCACAGCAUCCCAAGGAAUUCAUUUUCACCAAUAUGGCCAAACACCUUUUACAUCAUCAAAGAGAUAAAUAAUUGUUUUGGGCUAAUUACUUUUGGCUUUUCUUAAACAGAAAAUUUUUUGAAAAGAGUAAUUUAGGGGGAAAAAAAUUAGUGUUGUUUCUAGAUCAGUGACAGUGUUCAAACAUUUGCAUCCUGCUAACAAAGAGAUAGAUGAGAAAAUCUGUUGUGGGAAGAUGUUACCACACUAUUCUGAUUCUGUAAGCAAUAGUAACAGUAUUUAUUUAGUACAAUAAACAUACUGCUCUGAAGUCUUUUUUUAUUAUUGUUUAGUAGUAGGGGCCACUUUUUUCAUUCUGGUUGUUCUGAUCUACAUACUCCAAGCAUAGUUUAGUUGAUCUGACUUACUUUGUUAUAAUUCUUUUCACUGUCGUGCCUGCUUAUUUACAUCUUGAAUGCUUCAGACCAGGAAUUCAGUUCAGGAGCCUAGAUCACAAAUGUAGCCAUAAGGAGUUAAGAAUUAACUUUCUCUUAUGAAAUGUUAAGUAUGUGCAACUUAAUAUGUUGUAUAUCAUAUAAGGAAGUACAGAUUUUUAACUUCUUGGAUUUUAGAUAUUUAUAAAGUAUUUCAGAAAUAUUUUUUAUUUUCUUUUAUAUAUAUAUAUAUAUAUAUAUGUGAAUUUUCUGACUCUGUAUAUACAAAGAUGAAUAUUUCGGCAUUGAUUGAAAUGUCUGCUUGCCUAUUAAAUCUUAUUUUCUAAAUCUUUAAUUCCUUGCCUACAUUGAGUAAAAUCUCAAUU